AGGUGGGGCUCAUGGGUAAUGCAGCAUCAGAGGGAGGGAUUGCUUAUGUAACUGGGACAGCAGAUUUAGCAAAAGGAAAGGAGGCAGAGGCUGGGGAUGGGAGCAGUGAGCUGUCGGCAGGGACAACACACCCGGGUGUCUGCUCCUCAGAAGGGUGGCAACAUCCAGGGUCACUGGGCCCGAGGCUGGAAGAGCCUCUGGUAUGGUAUGGGGACCAUCAGGUCAGGUCUGGAAGAACUAUGGGAACUGCAGAGGCAUCAGUGCCUACAUCAGGAGCUCCUCGAGCCAACCCCACUGCAGCUAGAGAAGCAAAUGUCUGAGUGGCCAUUGCCUCAGUUCGUCAGCCUCUUUCUACCAGAGUUUCCCAUGAGGCCUGUUACGGAGCAGCAGAAGCUGAAGAUUUUAGGCCUUGUGGCUAAAGGUUCAUUUGGAACUGUCCUGAAAGUGCUAGAUUGUGCCCAGAAAGCUGUAUUUGCAGUGAAGGUGGUGCCCAAAGUAAAAGUUCUACAGCGGGAUACCUUGAGGCAGUGUAAAGAGGAGGUUAGCAUCCAGCGACAGAUCAGCCAUCCUUUUGUACACAGUUUGGGGGACAGCUGGCAGGGGAAACGACACCUCUUUAUUAUGUGUAGCUACUGCAGCAUGGAUCUCUACUCCCUGUGGUCUGCUGUUGGUUGUUUUCCAGAGGAUUCUAUCCGUCUCUUUGCAGCUGAACUGGUCCUUGUACUGUGCUAUCUCCAUGACUUGGGUAUCAUCCAUCGUGAUGUAAAGAUGGAGAAUAUCCUGCUGGAUGAACGAGGCCAUCUGAAAGUGACAGACUUUGGUCUGUCUCGCCGCCUAUCCCAGGGAGCACGAGCCUAUACUAUCUGUGGCACUCUUCAAUACAUGGCCCCAGAGGUCCUGAGUGGUGGGCCUUACAACCACACUGCUGACUGGUGGUCCCUUGGAGUAUUGCUUUUCUCUCUGGCAACUGGUAAGUUUCCAGUGGCUGCAGAGAGAGAUCAUGUGACUAUGUUGGCAAGUGUGACCCACUGUGAAUCUGAGAUCCCAGCAUCUGUUAAUCAGGAGCUUUCACUCCUGCUCCAUGAGCUCUUAUGCCAGAACCCUCUGUACCGUCUACGAUAUCUGCAUCACUUCCAGGUCCACCCUUUCUUUCGAGGUGUGGCCUUUGACCCUGAGCUCCUACAGAAGCAGCAAGUGAACAUCGUCAUGGAGACACAAGAUACCUGGCCCAGUCCAUUGGAGUCCACGUCCUUCGAGGACUUUGACUGUGAUCUGGAGUCCUUGGUCUACUCCAUCUCUAUUGAUUCCUAUUAAUUUUCUACUGUAGAUAUAGGCACCCAGCCAGAAACCACUCAGUACCACCAUUAUAAUGAUUUAGUUUCUACUUUGUUGUUCCUUACUGUUCUAUUGUAGGUACUGGGCCGGAGUUUAAUCUUUGGCAUUCUGCAACUGAUAGUCAAAACUGCCCCUGAUGCUUUCCUAUCAUACAACCCACCUCUCAAUUGUGGGUCAAGGCAAUGACCUUUGCUUCUCCAAUACUUUUACUUGAGCUGCCAAACAAAGGCUUCCUAAACUUUACUUUAUCCAUGUUUUUCUACCAAACUUCCUUUCUUGGGCAAUAAUGACACUUGGUGGACUCCCAAGGAGCUAUUUAUAUGUUUUAUAAGUUAGUCAGAUGUCAGGUGGUAGUGCCACAUGUAUUUAAUCUCUGCACUGGGGAUGCAGAGGCAGGUAGAUCUCUGUGAGUUUGAGGCCAGCCUAUUCUACAGAGUUCCAGGAUACUCAGGGAUACACAGAGAAACCCUGUCUCAGAAACAAAACAAAACAAAACAAGGAUUAUUAAAUUGAUCGUUUCUCCCAUACAACCCAAGAUUUAGAGUUGGUUUUAUUUGUUUUCACUUCUGAACUGGACCAGCAGAGGACCAGGGGAUCAGAAAAUGAAGAAGGAAAGUAUGGGAUCAUGUUUUGCCCAAGCUAUAUCUUAUGUCACACCAAGCAGGCUUAUUUUAUUAAGUCCAGCAUCUUAUAUACAGGAAAAUGGGAUAGAAUCAUCAGAAAACUGUCUUCAGUGGACUGAAGUCAGCAGGAAGCUAAUCAAGCAAUGUUGAAUGAAGGGGAAACAAAUGCAUCACAGAGGAGCACAGAGCAGCCUUGGUACUAAUAGCCUUUUAGGGGGAAAGAGUUAGUUUCUCAUAUAAAGCAGCAGCUCCCCCAGAGCCCUAGCCCUAGACCAUUGGCUUUGCUAAGCAUAUUCCUCAUUUUAGACAAGAAACUUCAUUCCUCCACACAUCAGGCCUCAAGGAUCAGCCUGGCUCCCCCUCCCAACACCUUUAGUUUUAAGAUCCAGGGAUUUUGUGUUGUUACUGUUUUAAUUUCGUGAUCCUAGGGAUCACACCUAGGGCCUUUAUAUGCUAGGUAUGUGUCUAUUUAGUCACAUUCCCAGUGUUUGUUCACCCAGGUUCCUUCUGAGACAUCUCUUUAAAUUGCCAAAGCUGGGAUAUUAAACUUACCCAGGCAGACCUUGUAAUCUUCCUGCUUUGAUCUUCCAAAUGGCUGAGACUAUAGGCCUGUACUACACGGCCUAUGGUAAGGUUGGGUUUUGAUGGACAAAUGAAAGGAUUGAGAGUCAUGACAUUAAAUUUAGCGUUUAAAUAAAAAAAUCUAAAAAAAAAAUGUUUUAAUAAAUAAAAAAUCUAAAAAAAAAAAUGUUUUAAAUUUAGCAUUUAAAGUUACAGAUGUAAGCCAAGAACAUUUUCCUGUUGUAAGGAAAACCAUCUUACCUUUGUUUCCAGACAGGGUUUCUCUGUGUAGCCCUGGCUGUCCUGGAACUCACUCUGUAGACCAGGCUGGCUUCGAACUCAGAAAUUCACCUGCCUCUGCCUCCCAAGCGCUGGGAUUAAAGGCAUGCACCACCGCUGCCCGACUUGGUUCUUUUCUUUAACCUUGCACUGCCCAGGGUCUGUGAGUUGUAAGACACCACUACUGAACAGACCAGCCCUAAACAUUGGUUAUUAACUGAGGGAAACAGGUUUCAGAUUUCUAAUUUCUUAAAUUAAUUAAAAGAUUUGUUUGUA